AUGUUUUCUUCUGAAAUGUCACAGAGAAGUCAUAAUUGUGAGUUGCCGACCACGGCUUCUGCAAUUAUCCACCACCUGUGCUUUCUGCAAUUCUCUGGGCAGUUCCAGAAGAUGAAAAGUCACAUGGAAGUGGGUGAUGCUCCUAGCGAUCAAUGCACCAUCCAUGACCCUCUUCCAAUACUGCACAAGUAUCACCAGUUGGGGGAUUUUAUCAUAGGUGGCAUUAUAUCUCAGAUGUACGUCUUUUCUGAUCAAUUAGUAUUCAAGCACCAUCCUUCCCAGGCUGCAGUGGGUCAGCACUUCUACUUCAGCGCAAGCAGGACCUUUCAGGCCUCCAUGGAACUCCUCUCCGCACGGGACAGAUUCAUCCCCAACUACAGGUGCAGCUCCCUCAGCAACCCAAUUGUUGCCAUCGGGGGACCAAGCGCUUAUUUUUGUCAGAACAUGGCAACCGUUCUGAGCACCUACAAAAUUCCACAGGUAACAUACGCUUCUACUCCAAAGAAAAAUGACCAAAGCCAACCUGCUUUCUUUCACCACAUGUUUCCAAAUGGGGCCCAUCAAUAUAUGGGGAUACUUGAAUUACUGCUGCAUUUCAGUUGGACAUGGAUUGGGGUGAUGUAUACCGACGAUAUCUACGGGGACAUUUUUGUACAUGACAUACUUCUGAUGUUUUCCAAGAGAAACAUCUGCUUUGAUUUCAUAGAAAUUUUUCCUUCCUUAACGUUUUCCACUCAGUUUGACGAUAUGAUGCUAGAUGGGAGAAAAUUGUGCAGUGUUUUCAUGCGAAGCUCAGCCAAUGUAUUUGUUGUCUUUGGAGGAAGUCAAACCAUGACAGUUAUGACAACAUUGAUUCACUUCUUUGCAUUUGAGAAUGCACCUGAGAAGACAAAAGUUUGGAUUAUGACUGCUGACAUGGAGUUCACUUCACUUGCCUUUCAAAGAGGGUGGAGCAUACACUACAUCCACGGGGCCAUCUCUCUCUCAGUUCCUUCCACGAAUUUGCUUGAAUUCCAGAAAUUUGUUCAGAUGAGAAACCCUACAGUGGACAAUGAAGAUGGCUUCAUAAAAGACUUCUGGGAAGAUGCAUUUGCCUGUACUUUCCCUAGACACAUUGAGGAGGAGUAUGUAGACCCAAUUUGCACUGGAAGGGAGACACUUGAGAAUCUUCCGAAGACCGUUUUUGAAAUGAGCAUGACUGGCCACAGCAACAAUGUGUAUGAUGCUGUCUACGCUGUAGCCUAUGCCUUACAUGCCAUGCAUUUACACAGAUUCAAGCAAUCGGUAAUGGGCAAUAAAGGAAGGCAGAAACUUCUGAAUCCGAAGCCAUUUCUGCUCCAUCUCUUUCUGAGAGGAGUCUCGUUCAACAACAGUGCUGGGGAAAAGAUUGCCUUUAACCAAAAUGGAGAAUUAAUAGCUCGAUUUGAUAUUAUCAAUUGGGUCACUUUCCCAAACCAGUCCUUUCUCAGAGUUAAAGUUGGGAAGAUAGACCCUGGGGCUCCCACACACAAAGUGCUCACUAUUGAUGAAGAGGCCAUCAUAUGGCCCAGCAACCAGACACUGCCCCUUUCCCUGUGUAAUGAGCCGUGCCUGUCGGGUCAGAGUAAGACAAAGAAAGAAGGGAAACCAUUUUGCUGCUAUGAUUGUGUUGCGUGUACAAGAGGGAAGAUUACAAACCAGACAGACAUGGAUUACUGUUUCCAGUGCCCUGAAGAUCGUUAUCCUAACAGAGACCAAGAUUCAUGUCUUCCGAAAGACGUCAGCUACUUGUCUUAUGAAGAGCCUUUAGGGACCAGUUUGGCUAUUUUUGCUCUUUCCCUUUCUUUCAUCGCAGCUUGGGUCUUGGGAACUUUUGUGAAGCACCAAAAUACGCCUAUUGUGAAGGCCAACAACCGCAGCCUCUCCUACAUUCUCCUGGUCUCUCUCUUCCUGUGCUUCCUUUGUGCUUUGCUCUUCAUUGGAAGACCUGAGAAAGGGACCUGCCUCAUCCGUCAAGCGGCAUUUGGCAUCAUUUUCUCAGUGGCUGUUUCUUGCGUGUUGGCCAAAACCAUCACUGUGAUUCUAGCCUUUGUGGCUACCAAGCCAGGGUCCAGGAUGAGGAAAUGGGUGGGGAGAAGGCUGGCCAGCUUGAUAGUAAUUUCCUGCUCCCUCUUUCAAGCCACUCUUUGCACUGUGUGGCUUGCAACCUUUCCUCCCUUCCCACAUUUUGAUAUGCACUCAGCAACUAGAGAAAUCAUUGUGGAAUGUAACGAAGGGUCAGUGGCCAUGUUUUACUGUGUCUUGGGCUUCAUGGGGUUGCUGGCAGCUGUGAGCUUCACUGUGGCCUUCCUAGCCAGGAAGUUGCCAGAUAGUUUCCAUGAAACCAAAUCCAUCACCUUCAGCAUGCUGGUCUUCUGCAGUGUGUGGAUGACCUUUGUUCCCACUUACUGGAGCACCAAAGGGAAAUAUAUGGUGGCUGUGGAAGUCUUCUCCAUCUUGACCUCCAGUGCCGGAUUAUUGGGAUGUAUCUUCUUCCCCAAAUGCUACAUCAUUGUGCUGAGACCUGAUCUAAAUAAGAAGGAGCACCUCAUGAAGAGAAAAAACUGA